CCGAGGCAAGGUGUUAUUACGAGCAGAGCAAAAAGCGAAGACAAGACGACACUGCCAUCAACCACCCACCUGCUUUGCAUCGCAUCGAGCAAGAGCACUCCCAUCAGUCCCCUUGCCUGCCUGUCGGUCAUCUUUGAGGACAACGACUGCCACCUGCACUAGCUACAGCAGCAAUGGCAGACAAAGCAGACAAGAAGAAGAAGGAGAGAAAGGCCAAGAAGGCCAAGAAGCCGGCGUCCACUGCUUCCGCAGCAGCCCACGAUGAGACGGCAAGCGCCAGUGCCGCGCAGGUCGCACCACAGCCAGGUGCCGUUGUGCCUGUUGGCGAAAUGACACGUGCGGAGGAGCUUGCUGUUGAGGCGUACAACUGCCGCGGCAGCAUGCACGAGCGCCUCGCCCUUCUGCAGCAAGUGGAGCACGCCAUCAGCCUCUGGGGCCCAGAGAUGCUGACGGAGAUGGACGGCACAGAGCUCCCACUUCCUCUGUGCAGCUCAAUUGUCUCGCUGCUCAUCGCCAAUGCAGAGCGCAACCCGAUGAACCUUCUGCAAGAAGCCAUCAUGAAGGCGUACAAACUCUUCCUCACAAAGAGUCCACUGAACUCUGCCUUUGGGUUCUUGAUCAGCGCCAACUACUUCAUGCCCCGCCUGUGCUCGCACACGCAUGUGAAGUGGACGAACAUCAUGUUUGCCCGCUUCUUGGAGGCCACCAUCGAGCACACGGCCACGACGGACUUGACAAUGUUCUUCAAGGAGACCGACCGUCAAGUGUUUGCGUUGAUGCACUGCUACGAUGCUGCUCUGCACGACACGUCGGCCAAGGCGCGGGCCCUCGUCCGCGGCCUCAGGCGCCUCCUCAUCAAGUACCCCGUGAUUAUUGAGCACGUGACGUUUGAGUCGGCGAUGCGCCCCACGACGAAUAUUUCGCUCAUGUGCACCAUGUGCAUUGCUGUGCGGGACAACGAGGAUUUCCAGCGCCAGCUCGACAAGCACCACAUCGACUUCCUGGACCAAGUUGCCCUCAAGCUUAUCCUGCCCAAGGAGCGGCCGAGCAAGACCCUGCUGGAUACGUUCAAACCACUGAUUGCAGUGCUGCCGAUUGAGGAGCUGGCAGAGGACAUGACCCGCGUCAUCAAGCGCCAGGCAGAGAAGGCCCUCCCAGUGCUUGCUGCGAUUCUGCAGGAGACGACGCGCCACAUGGACGCGGACGCCAUGGAACUGCUCAAGCUGCUCACGCCCUCGCUCAUCAACACAAACGCCGACAUCCGCAGCGAUGCCCUCAAAACAGCCGCCGCAUUGUUUGCGUGCUGCGGGAAGCUUGAAACGCAGAAGGAGUUUGCGAGCCACAUUCUCGCUGUGAUCAAGGGCAACCACGGGCAGGUGACGCAGUGGGAGCAGCGCUACAACGCAGCAUCCGUCCUCUCCACCGUCAAGGACAUCAAGGGCCCGGCGGAGGAGCGACGUGAGCUGCGACAGCUUGUCCUUACCGGUCUCAUUCCUCUCUUCGAGAAGGAGUCCCACGAGCCGACGAAGCAGCACAUGCUGUGCAUCAUGGAUGAUGUACUUGCAGCGGACGCCCAGAUCUUGCCGGAGGUCACUGCGUUCCUCAAGAAAUCGCUGAGCAACGCCAAGACGACGGCCGCCACGCGCGUGUUUGUGAUGCGCGCUGCCCUCGCCCACUUCACGGACGCAUUUGAGGCCGCAGGCGAAUUCCUGCCCCUCCUCGAAAAGUCAAUUUCCGCAGCGCCAAAGCAGGAGCUGUCGUGGCAUGGGCAGGCCGAGGCCGCAUAUGCUGCCCUCAUCUACUUCAAGCACGCAGAGACCAACGAGGAGCUGUUCUCGUCCCUGCAGUCUGGCGGCGGCGUGUGGGCCAAACUCAACGGCGGGAAUGUGUUCAACGACCGCCUCGUCUCCGAAUGCACGCGCGAGGACGCCAUCUGCGUUGCCACGCUCUGCUGCCGCGCGCUGGAGACGUUCUACGCCGACGAGCCCCGCCCCGAUCUGCACUGGGCGCGUGUGCUGAUCAGCGUGAUGUGCGACCACCCGUGCUCCCGUACCCGGCGCGCUGUGCACACAGCCGUGGCGCCCCACCUGCAGUCCAUCUCUAUCGGCGCUGCCCUGUCCCUGGCCGCUGCGCACUUCACCUGCAUGCGCGCUGCGUACCGCCGCCACACGGGGCUGCCCGCUGGCGAGCGCGUGCCGUUCCUGUGCUCGGCGACCACGGCGUACAUGACGUCGCUGCUGGCCAUUGCGUCGCGCACGCCCAUCUCGCCCGAGGACGAGAACAGGCGCCUGCUGCACGCGCUGCUGCUCAACGCACACCACCCACACGUGGCGGAGCUCAAGUCCGAUCUUGUGCGGCAGGUUGGGCAGCGACUGUAUGACGUGACGCGCUAUGUCGAGGAGAAGGGCGACGACGUUCUGAACCUCAUCAGCAACACGGUCACGGACUGCUACGACACCGCAGAUGCCGAGGACAAGGUGGAGGCCGUGCGCAACAUGCUGCGCUCGCUGACGCAGCUGCCGACAUUUGGCGCCGUGCGGCAGCAGCUGGUGCAGCGCGUGCUGACAGCGCUCGGCCAGCCCGCCCUGCUGUCGACAACCAUGGACGACGUGGGCAUUUUGAACACGCCCGAGGGGGAGCUGUACGACACGUCGUUCCUGCCAAAGGCGGAGGAGCAGCCGCGCAAGAACCAGAAGGGGUACGCCGACCUCAAGUGGGAGAUGGAGGUGCGCAAGGAGCUUGCGAAGAAGAAGGGCAAGUCCCUGGAUAGCGGCCCGAAGCUCAGCAAGCACCACCUCGAGCUCAAGAACAAGACGCUCAAGGCAGAGUCUGAGAAGCGCAAGAAGCUGCGCGCGCUUGACCAGCAGCUCUUCACCGUGUUUGCCACGCUGGAGGGCCUGCUGCGCGGCAACGUGCGCGCCCUCGGCCCGAGCGUGCCUGCGCUCGUGUCGUCGCUGCUGCGCGCGGUGAAGAUGUCAGCGCUGGCCGGUCCCCGUGCCGCUGCUGCGUUUGUCAAGCUCAGCGCCGUGCUGCGGCAGUUUGUGCGGGCAGACGAGGCGCGGGACCUUGCAAUUGCCACGAUUCGGCUGUCCGGCAGCAAGGCGCCGCUGCCUGCGGAAUGGGAGGAGACGAGCGUCACCACGCUCACCGUUCGCCUCCUGCGCGACCUUUUGCACAUUGCACACGACGAGCACCACCGCGUCGACGACGUGGGCAUGUCGUACCUGCUGCCGCUCAUGGCGCAGGUGAUGAGCUCCCCCGAGCUGAAGGACUCGACGCGGGAGGAUGCCAUGGUGUUCCUUGGCGAGCACGCCCACCUCGGCGCCUCGGGCCUCAUCGCACGCUUCAAGGUGCUGUCGCUGCUGGUUGAGGUAAUGCGAAACCACUCGCGCAUUGCGCACCAGGCAGGCAUCAUGAUGGUUGCCUUUGCAAAGCACAUGCAGGCUGCAGCAGCAGACGUCGAGGUCACGGCCAAGGAGACGGAUGUGCUGUUUGACGCGUACGACAGCGAGAGCCCAUGGCAGCGGUCUGCUGUGAUGCAGUCGCUGCUGCUGCUUCCGUUUGAACUUGACGACCGCAACGCCACCGUCAUCUGGGUGGCCACGCACGACCCCGAAGAGGAUGUUGCUGCAUACGCCAAGCAGCUGUGGACCACCCGCCAGUUUGAGCUUCCCGCUGAUGCGUGCUCCCUGCUCGAGGAGCCCCUCACCUCAAAGUACGAGCCUGUGCGUGUUGCCGCUGCGGCUGCGCUGAGCACUGCCCUUGAGCAGCACCGGGACCAGGUGGACGCCGUCCUCGACCGCCUCCUCGACUCGUACGUGCGGCUGCUGAUUGUGCCGGAACCCGUGCGCGACCACGUGGGCAACAUCAUCUCAGAGCCGUUUGUGGACCCCUGGCCAAGCCGCGCGGGCCUGGCCAUUGGGCUGGGUGCCCUCGCCCCCUUCCUCAACGGGGCCCAGACGCUGCGCAUCGUGGACUUUAUGCUCAAGACGGCGCUUGGCGACCGCAGCGCCGGUGUUCGCGAGGCCGUCGUCUCUGCCGGCCAAACCAUCAUGAUGGAGCAAGGCCGCAACCAUGUUGCCAAGCUGCUGCCCGUCUUUGACAGGUUCCUCAGCAAGCCCAGCAAGACCAGCCAAGAAGACACCAUUCGCCGCGGUGCCAUUGUGCUGUUUGGGUCCGUUGCGACACAUCUUGACCCGGCCGACCCACGCAUUCCGAGCAUCACGGAUUCACUCAUCGCCACCCUCUCCACGCCCUCCCAGCGCGUGCAGGAGGCCGUGGCAAAGUGUCUCCAGCCCCUCCUCUCCUGCACCAAGGACCGCGGACCGGAGCUGGUUGACCUGCUGCUGAACCAGGUGCUGCGUGGGGAGACGUACGGCGAGCGCCGCGGUGCCGCGUACGGGCUCGCUGCUGUCGUCAAAUCGUGCGGCCUGAAGACACUCAAGUCCCAGGACGCCAUGGCCCGCCUCACCACCGCCCUCGAGUCAAAGAAGCAAGAGCAGCGUGAGGGUGCGCUGAUGGCGAUUGAGCUGCUUAGCAUCACUCUCGGCCGCACAUUUGAGCCGCACGUUGUUGAGCUGAGUCAGUACCUCAUGCUGAGCUUUGGCGAUCCAAAGCGCGACGUGCGUGCCGCUGCGAAAGACACGGCCCGUGCCGUCAUGAGCAAGCUCACCGGCCACGGCGUGAAGAAGAUGCUGCCGAAGCUGCUGGAGUGCGUGCAGAGCGACAACUGGCGCACGAAGCAAGGCAGCGUGCAGAUGCUUGGGUCCAUGGCGUUCUGCGCACCAAAGCAGCUGUCCUCGUGUCUGCCCACCAUCGUGCCGCACCUGACGGAGGUGCUGACAGACUCGCACGCCAAGGUGCAGGCUGCUGGCAAGGAUGCGCUGAAGAAGGUCGGCUCUGUGGUGAAGAACCCCGAGAUCAAGAGCAUGGUGAACACCAUCCUCAAGGCCCUCAGCGAUCCCGUCACCUACACGGAGAAGUGCCUCACCAAGCUCAUGAACAUGGCGUUUGUCCACGUCAUUGACUCACCAUCCCUCGCACUCAUCAUGCCCGUCAUGGAGCGCGCUCUGCAAGACCGCAGCACACGCGUGAAGACCAAGGCGGCAACCAUCAUCGGCAACAUGAACACCCUCACAGACCCCAACGAUCUUGCGCCGUACCUUGACGGGCUUGUUCCCGGCCUCAAGGAAGCGCUCAUUGACCCCGUGCCCGAGAUGCGCGCCGUCGCAUCCAACGCCCUCGGCGCCCUCGUCAAGGGCAUGGGCGAGGAGCGGUUUGCCGAGCUGCUGCCGUGGCUGCUCGACACCCUCGCCAGCGACGCGUCCUCUGCAGACCGCGCAGGCGCAGCGCAGGGUUUGGCAGAGGUGCUGGCUGCGCUUGGCCCCGAUCGCCUGGUCGAGCUCAUGCCAACCUUCCUCGAAAACACGCAGCACCCCAAGCCUGCUGUGCGGGAGGGCUACCUUAUGCUGCUGAUGUUCCUGCCGCUCGCAUUUGGCGAGGCGUUCCAACCCCACGUUGUCGAAAUCAUCGACCCCAUCCUCCACGGCCUCAGCGACAUCGAGGAGUCUGUGCGCGACGCAGCGCUCAAGACCGGGCGGACCAUCAUCACCAACUACAUUGGCGACGCCAUCACGCUGCUCCUGCCGGCGCUCACCACCUCCGCGCUUGAUGACGACUGGCACAUGCGCUUUGCCGCCCUCACCCUUUGUGGCGAUCUCCUUUACCAGCUCGCAGGCACAUCUGGCAACAAGUCGACGCUGUCGAACAACGAGGACGACAGCCUGGGCACUGCAACGAGCAACCUUGCGCUUGUGGAGAAGCUUGGCGAAGAGCAGCGCAACCGCGUGCUUGCUCUCAUCUACUUCCUCCGCCGCGACGACCAACUGCACGUCCGCGACGCCGCCCUCCACAUCUGGAAGGUCCUCGUCGACCACUCGAUGCGGACGCUGCGCGAGAUUCUGCACGAGCUCAUGCGUCUCAUCUUCACCUCCCUCGCACACGAGUCCGAGUUUAGGCAGGCGACUGCGGCGCGGACGCUGGGCGAGAUUGUGCGCAAGAUGGGCGACCGCGUGCUGGGCGAACUUGUGCCGCAGAUGAAGGAAGGACUCAAGGAGGACUCCUCGCAGAUGCGCCAAGGUGUGUGCUAUGGCCUGAGCGAGGUGCUGGCUGCGCUGUCCAAUGACCAGGCCCGCAACCACCUCUCCGCGCUCCUCCCCGCCAUCAAGCGCGCCCUUGUUGACAAGGACGCAUCGGUCCGUGAGGCGGCUGGCCAGACGUUUGGGUCGCUGCACGACCGUCUCGGCAACACGGUCAUUGACCAGAUUGUGCCGGCUCUCAUUGAGGACAUUGAUGCACCAGACUGCAUUGCCAUUGACGCCCUGUGCGCCAUCAUCACGCACAAGGCCAAGGUUGUGCUGCCUGUUGUUGUGCCGCACCUGCUGCGCGGGACAAUGACCAAGGCCAAGGCGUCGGCCAUCUCCCGCCUGAUUCUGAUUGAUCAGGACGCAGGGCAGCGCCAGGCCAACGACAUCCUCACCCGCCUCGUCAAGGACAUCAAGGAGACGGAUGAUGGUGCUGUGGAACACUUGACCGAAGCCCUCACCGCCGUCAUCUUCGCCAUGAGCGCCGAUAACCUGACGUUUGCCGUGGGCGAGCUGCGGAAUCUGUUGCAGGAGUGCUCAUCCCCCACGAAGCGCGCUGUCCUCAACAUCAUUCGCUCUGUGGCAGAGCAGUUUGGCCAAUCGCUGCCGGAGUGGACGCUGCGCGAUCUGCUGGAGGCGGUCGUGCUGACGUUGGACGAGGACGACAAGAGCGUGCUGUUCGACAUCUUCGGUGCACUCAAUGAGCUGUGUGAGCUCGGUAAGAAGUACACUGCUGCCGUCGCCGUAUGCGCACGCGAUGCUCUCUCCAACGUGCGCCGCGUCGACGAGCGGUACAUUGCAGGUUUCCACUACCCGCGCAUGGCGGAGGUGAUUGCCACGGUCUAUGUGCACUUCCUCUCCACCAAGGACCACGACCAGCGCACCUGCAUUGUCCAAGGGCUCGGCGAGAUGUCGCUGCUGUGUCCUCCGGAGCAGCUCUCAGGAUACGUGCGCAAGAUGGUUGCCCCGCUUGUUCGCAUUGCGUCCACGGGCCAGGGUGUUGAGCGCUCCAUGCUCUUCAUGUCCGUUGCGCGCAUUGUCGAGAACUUUGGCGAGCCCCUCACCUCAUUCGCCCCGCAGCUCCAGCCGAUUGCUGUCAAGGGUCUGACGGAUCCUGACGAUUACACGCGUGCCAUGGCCAUCUUCCUCAUCUCCCGUCUCAUUCCGCUGCAACGCGUGAAGCGCGUGGAGGCGCUGCUCAAGGCGCUCUGCUCAGACUGCAACAAGAAGAAAGGCCGGAUGCAGACGGCGUACUUGAAGGCGAUCAACGUUGUGUUGAACAGCUGCCACUCGUACGACCUGUCCCAAGACAUCCGCUUCAUCAUCAACGAUACGCUGAAGGAGCACCUGGCCAGCGAGGACCCCGGCAACCGCGAGUUCUCUUCAGAGGCGUUUGCGCACAUCAUCCUCGACAUUGUGCCGCGCGAGGAGGUUGCAGACCGCAUCUUCUACCGCGAACAAAACAGGAAGCACCGCCUGCAAGAGCUCUCCCGUCUCAUCCUGCUGGCGCGGCUGGUUGAGAUUCGGUGGGAGGAGCUGCUCGAACGGUAUCCACCGCCAGAGAUCUACGACAACCUCGCACUCGAUGUUGGUCCACUGAAGCAGGUGUUGGAUGAGCAGUACACGAAGCAUGUUGGCUUCUAUGGCAUCAAGAUCUUGCGCAUCGGCUCUGAGAUGAUGGACGACCAGCUGACGGAAAUCGGCCACGACCUCUUCUACAACUCGUACUUUCACAUUGACCUCGAGUCUGACGAUUCAGUGGAGCAGUUGUAUUUCCUCAAGUGGCAGCUCAAGUUCACUCGCAGGAAGACGCCCUUGUUCAAGAAGAAGCUGAUCCACACGCUGACGCACGGCAUCACCCGCGUCACCGUCCAGCACUGCGAGUUCCUGGGCUCUUUGAUUGGACAUGUGCUAGACUUGGACGGCACGCUCAAUGACAAGAAGCGCCUCGAGGAGAUGUGCAAGAACGCACCCAAGGAUGUCCCAGAGACCCUCAUGAAAAUCUACCGGAAGUACAUGACUGAUCUUGGUCGCCCGCUGUCGCCUCCCCCAGAUGUCAAUCUCCUGGCAGCGUACGACUGAGCUUGCGUUGUUGCACUCGCACUGCGCGUUGCUGGCCUGCACAAGUCUUUGUCUGUCUGUCGUGUCGUCGCAUAGUGGUGGAUAAUUGUGAAUGGUGCACAUAAAUGUCAAGUGACAAACCAA